GAAUUCCUUUGGAACUGCUGGUGUGAGAGACUCUCACCACAGCACACUGGCCAGAGAAAUCCUGCUGGCCAUGGUGGAGCGGCUUUGGCCGCUUUUGUUGUGCCUGGCGAGCGCCAGAUAUGACAAGCCACCAUGCCUGGAGGGAGAGACCUUAGCUAGCCUCAGCGGCCGCUCUCUUUGCGUAACGGAUUGUGGUCCAGAGGUGGCUCAUGAGGCUUGUCCAUAUGAGAGGCCGCAGGGAACCUUUGCCAAGCCCAAAUGCCUCUUGGUGCCGGCGCCCACGGGCGAUCCCACUCAUCCGGACAUGCGGAAGCAAUUCUGUGCCUUGGAAUGUCGAAGCGAUAGCUACUGCCCCAAGGGUGCCAAGUGCACCUUGAUCGACGCCCUGAACGAGCGUGACCCUUGGGGAGAGGUAAAUCCAGUGGCGCGGAAUUAUCCCCACCUCAUCUCAGACGAUGAACUUCGGGGAGUGUGCACUUUUCGCACGAAGACGGGCAAGGGCGUGAAAGCUGCAGCGACGCUGGAGUUGAAAUUCUCCAAGACGGCCGAUGGAUUCACGCUUGGCACGGUGUUUUUCUUACUUCUUUGGGGUUGGGGUAUCUCCACUCUUCAUCUACAAUUACAUAGUCACACCCUAUACAGACCCACUUCUACUUCCCACUGAUCCACUCCAGGUCACCCUGGAGAUCCUACGCGAACGCGGCAUCAAGCCGCCACCGGACUGGCGCCACAGCAGCUGCCGCCGCUUGAGCCGAGCGGAGUGCUUGAGCAAGCAGAUGAACGGCUGAGAAUGAUGAGACUUGAAGGAUCUCACAGUUUGACAGCAGCACCUAACCAGGAAAAACCGGCAUUAGCAGGAUCCUCUUGGAGACUGGCAUUAGCACGCGCCCUCCGCCGAUCGUCUAUGAGCUUCAAAAACUCGCCGCCGGGCACAGGGAGCCCCCCGGCGAGCGGUUUCGGUGUGCGAGCCCUGAAGGC